UUAGCAUCCAUUUUGUUGUACCGAGAAAGCAAAGCAAAGCAGAGAGUCAUCUUAAGUGCUUAUUGGUCAAAAUAUAAAUAGUUUUUGUUGAUAAUCGUUCUUGCAUUGCUUUGUAUCAAUGGAGGGGGUUUCUCUCAAGUGCGGUGACUGCGGUGCUCUGUUGAGAACGGUAGAAGAAGCUCAAGAACACGCCGAACUCACUUCCCAUUCCAACUUCUCCGAAUCCACCGAACCGGUUCUCAACCUCGUUUGCACGGCUUGCUCCAAACCCUGCAGAUCCAAAACCGAGAGUGAUUUGCACACUAAAAGAACAGGCCACGCCGAGUUUGUUGACAAGACUUCCGAGACCGUGAAACCGAUUAGUUUGGAGGCACCGAAGGUGGAUGCAAUCGCUUCCUUGGAAAACCCUUCCAGCACCGCAUCAACUGAUCAAAAUGAAGAAAUGGUUGUUCCUGAAGUGGACAAAAAUCUGCUUGAAGAACUCGAAUCAAUGGGGUUUCCAACGGCACGGGCUACACGGGCGCUUCAUUACUCUGGUAAUGCUGGUCUUGAGGCGGCUGUAAACUGGAUAGUAGAGCAUGAGAAUGAUCAUGACAUAGAUCAGAUGCCCUUGGUACCUGCCAACACCAAAAUUGAGGCUCCUAAACCUUCUCUUACCCCUGAAGAACUGAAAGCCAAACAACAAGAACUAAGGGAGAGAGCUCGCAAGAAGAAAGAAGAGGAAGAGAAGAGAACAGAGAGAGAAAAAGAAAAGGAGAGAAUUCGCAUUGGCAAGGAGUUGCUGGAAGCAAAGAGGAUAGAAGAAGAAAAUGAGAGGAAACGGGUGUUGGCCUUGAGAAAAGCAGAGAAAGAGGAAGAGAAAAGGGCUAGGGAGAAAAUCAAGCAAAAGUUGGAAGAAGACAAGGCAGAAAGAAGGCGGAGACUUGGAUUGCCUCCAGACGAACCAUCAGCAGCCAAAUCUUCAGCUGCACCUGUUGUGGAGGAGAAAAAGAGUUUUGUGCCUGUUAGGCCUGCCACAAAAGCUGAGCAAAUGAGAGAGUGCCUCCGUUCUCUCAAGCAGAACCACAAGGAGAAUGACGCCAGAGUAAAGAAAGCAUUCCAAACUCUUCUAACUUAUGUAGGGAAUGUUGCCAGAAAUCCUGAUGAGGAAAAAUUCAGAAAGAUACGUCUUAGUAACCAAUCUUUUCAGGACAGAGUUGGUUCAUUGAAAGGGGGCAUUGAAUUUCUAGAAAUUUGCGGGUUUGAGAAGAUAGAUGGUGGCGAGUUCUUGUUUUUGCCUAGGGACAAAGUUGAGAUGGCGAUCCUGAACACAGCUGGAUCUGAACUAGACUCUGCAAUUAAGAAUCCCUUUUUUGGAGUUCUUUAGAUAAGAUGGUGCAAGUGUUAUAAUCAGAUACUUGACUUGAUAUUUAUGGUUUCAUAUUUCCUAGUCCACUGUUACCGAUGGUUCAUUAAACAGACUGUUAUUUCUUUACCUGAAGUUUAUGAGGUUUAUAAAUAUCUACAGAUAUAUUUGGCCUUCAUAUAAGUUUGAGGUUUAUACAGAUUUGUUGACUUGAUCAUAUAUCUAAUGUGAUGCAUGCCUUUUACGUAUGUGAAGGACUUUAUGCAAGACACAGAAUGUAAAACUGAAAUAAAAGCUUUCUAUUCCACAGA